GUUAAAGUUGAGUUGAACAACAAUCAACUCUCCGGACAAAUUCCAGAUGCUAUUGGGGAAUUGAAGCACUUGAGCAGCCUCAAGUUGCAAAGCAAUAGCCUCUCCGGUUCCAUUCCGGCAUCCUUGGGCUCCUGCGUUUCUCUCAGCGACGUAAACAUGGCUGACAAUUCACUUUCCGGUGAAAUACGAUCAUCUUUAGGGUCUUUACGGACAUUGAAUUCUUUGAAUUUGUCCGGCAAUAAACUUUCCGGUCAAAUUCCGGAGAGCUUGUCGUAUCUCAGACUAAGCCUUCUUGAUCUUUCCAACAACGAGUUAACCGGUCCCAUACCAAAGUCUCUGUCAAUUGAAGCAUACAGUGGUAGCUUCUCCAACAACCCCGGUCUCUGCAGUGAAAGCGUCAGGUCGUUCCGGCAGUGCCCAACAGAUACCGGUACGUCUAAAGAUGUCCGUACGCUAAUUAUUUGUUUUGCUUUAGGGCCAAUCAUCCUGCUUGUCACGGUCGGAUGUUUCUUGUACUUGAGGAAAACAGAAAAGGAUCAUGAACGUUCCUUAAAGGAAGAAUCUUGGGAUGUGAAAUCCUUCCAUGUUUUGACUUUUAGUGAGGAUGAGAUUCUCGAUUCCAUCAAGCCAGAUAAUCUAAUUGGAAAGGGAGGCUCGGGUAACGUCUACAGAGUUAUGCUUUCUAAUGGUUUAGAACUGGCCGUGAAACACAUAUGGAACACGGAUUCUGGCGACCGGAAAAAGUUCCGGAUCACAACCCCGAUGGUCGGGAAACGAGCCGGGAAGUCAAAGGAGUUUGAUGCAGAGGUACAGACGUUGAGCUCAAUUAGGCAUGUCAAUGUGGUGAAGUUGUACUGCAGCAUUACUAGUGAGGACUCAAGCUUGUUGGUAUAUGAGUACUUGCCUAAUGGUAGCUUAUGGGAUAGGCUUCACAAUUGUAAAGAAUUCGAACUCGAUUGGGAAACAAGGCAUGAGAUCGGGUUAGGAGCGGCAAAGGGACUCGAGUAUCUUCACCAUGGAUGUGAGAGACCGGUGAUUCACCGGGAUGUCAAGUCCAGUAACAUCUUGUUGGAUGAGUUCUUAAAGCCUAGGAUUGCUGAUUUUGGACUUGCCAAGAUUGUUGAGGCCAAUUCUAUUAAGGACUCCACGCAUGUCAUUGCCGGCACCUAUGGUUACAUAGCUCCUGAAUAUGGCUACACAUGCAAAGUGAACGAAAAAAGUGAUGUUUAUAGCUUUGGAGUGGUGUUAAUGGAGCUAGUGAGCGGAAAAAGGCCGAUGGAGCCGGAGUAUGGAGAGGGCAAGGACAUUGUUCAUUGGGUUUGCAGCAAAUUAAAGACCAGAGAGAGCAUACUAAGCAUUGUAGACCCAAAAAUCUCAAGUGCCUAUAAAGAUGAUGCCAUCAAGGUACUCAGAAUUGCAAUUCUGUGCACGGCAAGGCUACCAGAGCUAAGACCCACAAUGAGAAGUGUUGUUCAAAUGUUACAAGAUGCCAAGCCCUGCAAAUUGGUUGGCAUAGUCAUCGGAAAAGAUCCCGAUCCCAUGAGAAAGGAAGCGACGGAUAGCUGGAAGUUUAAUCCAGAGCCAUAGGCCUCUAAAAUUGGCCUUUUGGGCAUGAUCAAUAUUUUUCCAUGGCUUGUAGAAUUGUUGUAACAUAUUAGAGUUGUAAAAUAUUAUGUAGGGGGGAUUCUAUGCCAAUAAUUUCCUUAAGGGGUAAGGAAAGCAUAAGAGAAUGCAAAAGCUCCAAGGAAACGAUGGAUGCUUGCAUCAUGUUUCAGAAGCCAAAUUUAUAAGAGAAAUGCAGACAACAAAGUGUCUUGUAUUGU